CUUAACCUGAGAGCGUUCUGAGCUCCUCUCCGCCUCCUUAGAGUGGCCGCAAGGUCUUUUAGCUUUUCUCCUUUCUCGAGUCGUCCGCCUCGCCCUACCCCGCCAUGAAUGAGGAGUACGACGUGAUCGUGCUGGGCACCGGCCUGACGUGGAAUGGUGCUGUUGCUGCCAGCAUGUUGUAAGAGCCAGUUAGUUCCACUGGUUUUCUAUGGUUGCUGCUGGUCUUUCAGAUUUGUCCACGAUUAAGGAAUGUAUCUUGUCGGGUAUCAUGUCAGUGAAUGGAAAGAAAGUUCUUCACAUGGAUCAAAACCCAUACUAUGGAGGAGAAAGUGCAUCUAUAACACCUCUGGAAGAUUUAUACAAAAGAUUUAAAAUACCAGGAUCACCACCAUCAUCAAUGGGGAGAGGAAGAGACUGGAAUGUUGACUUAAUUCCCAAGUUCCUUAUGGCUAAUGGUCAGCUGGUUAAGAUGCUGCUUUAUACAGAAGUCACUCGUUAUCUGGAUUUCAAAGUGACAGAAGGAAGCUUUGUCUAUAAAGGAGGAAAAAUCUACAAGGUUCCUUCCACUGAAGCAGAAGCCCUUGCAUCUAGCUUAAUGGGACUAUUUGAAAAACGUCGCUUCAGAAAAUUCCUGGUGUAUGUUGCCAACUUUGAUGAAAACGAUGCUAGAACUUUUGAAGGUGUUGAUCCCAAGAAGACUGCAAUGCGAGAUGUGUAUAAGAAAUUUGAUUUGGGCCAAGAUGUUAUCGAUUUUACAGGUCAUGCUCUUGCACUCUAUAGAACUGAUGACUACUUAGAUCAACCAUGUUGUGAAACCAUUAAUAGAAUUAAACUUUACAGUGAGUCUCUGGCGCGAUAUGGCAAAAGCCCAUACCUUUAUCCACUCUAUGGCCUUGGGGAACUCCCACAAGGAUUUGCAAGGCUAAGUGCUAUUUAUGGUGGUACCUACAUGCUGAAUAAACCUAUCGAAGAAAUCAUUGUGCAGAAUGGGAAGGUGGUUGGUGUAAAAUCUGAAGGAGAGAUUGCUCGCUGUAAGCAGCUCAUCUGUGACCCCAGCUAUGUAAAAGAUCGGGUGGAGAAAGUGGGCCAGGUGAUAAGAGUUAUCUGCAUUCUUAGUCAUCCCAUCAAGAAUACCAACGAUGCCAACUCCUGCCAGAUCAUUAUUCCACAAAACCAAGUCAAUCGAAAGUCAGAUAUCUAUGUCUGCAUGAUUUCCUCUGCACACAAUGUGGCAGCACAAGGGAAGUACAUUGCCAUAGUCAGUACAACUAUGGAAACCAAGGAACCUGAGAAAGAAAUCAGACCAGCUUUGGAACUGUUGGAACCAAUUGAACAGAAAUUUGUUAGCAUCAGUGACCUCCUUGUGCCAAAAGAUUUGGGAAAAGAAAGCCAGAUCUUUAUUUCCCGCACAUAUGAUGCUACGACUCACUUUGAGACAACUUGUGAUGACAUUAAAGACAUCUAUAAGAGGAUGACAGGAUCAGAGUUUGACUUUGAGGAAAUGAAGCGCAAGAAAAAUGACAUCUAUGGGGAAGACUAACAACAGUACAUGUUACUAAAUUGGGACAAAUUUAAAAUUUGGCAAAUAAUGCAUAUUGUAUGAAAUCAGUAUUGUAAAGCCUGCUUUUGUAAUUAAAAUGGAGGGAUUGAAGAGCACUAUACCAGUAAAUAUUCCUCCCCCUUCAUCUUUCUAGUAUCAUGUAUUAACUUCUGUUCUUGGAGUGGCUAUUCAGAAUUGGCAGGUUACCACGUUCUGUUCCAAUUUAACCAAACCACCCCACAUCCUGUGAAAGAUCAGUUUUAAACAAACAUUGUGAUACUGAUACAGAGAACUUGAUACAGUAUUUUUAUCUUUUAAUCAGCAUAGUCUUGGCAGUUGUGCCUCUGCUGCUCAAGAACUGUAUCUGUAUGUCUGUGCCAUCUGUCCUUAUGACACUGAGAUCCUACACUGAAUAUUCCAUAAUUUGAAACAGCACCCCCAAGUUCUCCCUCUAAUUUUGUUUUGUGUUUUAUCACAUAUUAUGGCAGGUCCCAAAUAGUAUAGCCACAGAUUUGGUUUAUGUGGGCAUAAAUUAUAACCAAACUCCAGAGAUAGGGAGUCAUUUGGAGGAAGCCACUUUGUGGUGUUUUAACUAAUGAAAUUGGUGAGACCAAGGGGAAAGGAAUCGGUCAUAAAGCAGGUAAAAUGUAGAAGUAUCUUUUAUAUCACAGGUGUGGCUUCUUCAAUGGACCAAGCUGCAAUGCAGUAUUGAUUUGACAGAGCCUCUACUUUAGUCUGUCUGAAAUGGCUCCAAAUGAUUUCUGUACUGCAAAAUAAAGCCAAAUUCUGGAUACCA